AUCCAGGAAGUGGAUUGCCCGUCGUUGUUUGUGUUCGUCGCUCACAGUUUUCCUGCCUGUUUUUUCUGAUUUCGGAUCUCGCUUUUCCGGGCCGAAAUGGCGACGUUUAUUUCAGUCCCGUUGAAGAAGUCUUCCGAAGUGGAUCUGGUAAAGCCGCUGUCGAAAUAUGUCACAGCCUCGUACCCGGCGGGCGAGGACCAGGCGGAGUACCUCCGCGCCGUGGAGGAGUUGAACAAGCUCCGCAAAAGCGCCCUGGGAAGGCCGCUGGACAAACACGAGAGCUCCCUGGAGAUCCUGCUCAGAUACUAUGACCAGCUGUGUGCUGUGGAGCCCAAGUUCCCCUUUUGUGAAAACCAGCUCUGCCUAACCUUCACGUGGAAGGACGCCUUCGAUAAAGGAUCGCUGUUCGGUGGCUCCGUCAAGCUCUCUUUGGCCAGUUUGGGCUACGAGAAGACGUGUGUGCUGUUCAACUGUGCGGCGCUGGCCAGUCAGAUCGCUGCGGAGCAGAACGUGGACAACGACGAGUGUCUGAAGGCCGCGGCCAAAUACUACCAGCUGGCCAGCGGCGCCUUCGGCCACAUUAAGGACACGGUGCUGUCGGCCCUGAACCGGGAGCCCACCAUGGACAUCUGCCCCGAGACGGUGGGCACGCUCAGCCUCAUCAUGCUGGCCCAGGCCCAGGAGGUCUUCUUCCUCAAGGCCACCUCAGACAGGAUGAAAGACGCCGUCAUCGCCAAACUGGCCAAUCAGGCGGCAGAUUUCUACGGCGACGCCUUCAAGCAGUGCCAGUACAAAGACAACCUGCCCAAGUAUUUUUACUUUCAGGAAGUGCUCCCAGUGCUGGCGGCGAAGCACUGCAUCAUGCAGGCGAACGCCGAGCUGCACCAGAGCAUCUUAGCCAAGCAGAAGAAGAGAUUCGGCGAGGAGAUCGCCCGCCUGCAGCACGCGGCGGAGCUGGUGAAGACGGUGGCGUCUCGCUACGACGAGUACGUGAGCGUGAAGGACCUGACGGAUAAGAUCAGCCGGGCUCUCGCCGCCGCCAAGAAGGACAACGACUUCAUCUACCACGACCGCGUCCCCGAGGUCAAAGACCUGGAGCAGAUCGGAAAGGCCGCCCUGGUGAAGGCCGCCGCCAUCACGCCGCCGCUCAGCCAGAAGUUCACAGAUCUGUUUGAGAAGAUGGUUCCCAUGGCGGUGCAGCAGUCCAUGAGCGUGUACAACCAGAGGAAGGCUGAGACGGUGAACCGGCUGGUGGGAUCCAUGAGGGAGGCCACCAACCUCUGCAACGGGGUUUUGGCUUCUCUGAACCUGCCUGCUGCUCUGGAGGAUCUGUCCGGGGACUCGAUCCCACAGUCCAUCGCUGAGAAGGCCCGGUCCAUCGUGGAGAGCGGAGGCCUGCAGAGCAUCGAGCAGCUGAUCAGAGACCUGCCGGAGCUGCUGACCCGCAACAGGGAGAUCCUGGACGAGUCUCUAAAGAUGCUGGAUGACGAAGAGACGACGGACAACGAGCUGAGAUCCAAGUUCAACCAGCGCUGGAACAGAACGCCGUCAGGAGACCUGUACAAACCCCUCCGCGCAGAGGGGGCCAACUUCCGCAACAUCCUGGACAAGGCGGUGCAGGCGGACCAGGUGGUUCGGGACCGCUUCACCUCCCAGGGAGACAUGAUCGCCCUGCUGUGCAAACCGGAGGCCGAGCUGAGCGCCGCCAUCCCCUCCGCCAACCCCACCAGGACCCUGCAGGGCAGCGAGGUGGUGAACGUGCUGCGCGCCCAGCUGGCCCAGCUGGAGGAGGUGAAGCGGGAGAGGGAGGCCCUGGAGGGCGAGAUCAAGGCCGUCACCUUCGACAUGUCCGCCGCCUUCCUGACGGCUUUGGCCCAGGACGGCGCCAUCAACGAGGAGACGCUGUCCCUGUCCCAGCUGGACAAGCUGUACAGCGGCUACAACCAGAGGGUGCAGGCCAGCCUCCACACGCAGGAGCAGCUGCUGGGCCAGGUCCAGACGUCGCACCAGGAGUUCAGCAGCCUGAAGCAGUCCAACGCGGAGGCCAACCAGAGGGAGGAGGUCCUGAAAAAGCUGGCUUCUGCCCACGACAGCUACGUGGAGAUCAGCAACAACCUCCGCGAAGGCACCAAGUUCUACAACGACUUCACGGAAAUCCUCCUAAAGUUCCAGAACAAAUGCAGCGACAUCGUUUUCGCCCGCAAGACCGAGAGGGACGAGCUGCUCAAGGAGCUCCAGCAGAGCAUCGCCCGGGAGCCCAGCGCCCCGUCCUUCAGCGUCCCGGCCUAUCAGAGCGCCCCGGCGGGCCCCGCCCCCGGCCAGGGCCCCCCCGCCCAGGGCCCCACCCCCGCGCCCAGGAGCGUCUUCGUGCCCCAGCAGCCGCAGCAGAAGCCCCAGCCGCCCUCCAGGCCCCCCCCGCCCAGCUUCACGCCCCAGGCCGCCUCGCCGGCCCCCGCCGGGGCCCCGCCCCCCGGGGCCCCCCCCACCGGGGCCCCCGGCACCAACCCGCCCCCCCAGGCGCCGGCCUCCGGGGCCCAGGGGCCCCCGUACCCCACCUACCAGGGAUACCCGGGUCCCUUUAAGAAGUUUCCUCACAUGUCGUCCUACCACCGCAUGCUGGUCCAUCGGGUGGCGGCCUACUUUGGCAUGGAGCACAACGUGGACCAGACGGGAAAGUCUGUCAUCAUCAACAGGACCGGCAGCACACGCAUACCGGAGCAGCGCUUUCUGGACAAGGUGCACAAGGACAAGAGCGAGGAAAUCCACCAGUGGAAGAUCAUCCUGAAGAGAGACAACAGCUCAGACGAGCAGAACCGCUUUCACCUUUUACGGGAGAAGCAGAGCAAGUCGAUGGAGGAGAGAGAGGAGGAGUACCAAAGAGCGCGAGAACGCAUCUUCAGCAAGGAGCCCCUCUGCACCCAGGAGAGCGCCCACGCCGAAUCCAGAGAUGUGGAGGAGUACAAUCCAUACGCUGAGACCCAGAGGAGGAGGCAGCUAUUCAGGGGCAGCAGGGACAGCUCCGGCUCCAGCUGGACGGGCAGCAGCAGGCAGAGCAGCACCGAGACCGACUGUCGCUAUAGCAACGACCCCCGACCCUGGAGCAGCACCGACUCCGACUCCUCCCAUCAGUGGACCAGCCCGGCGCCCAAAGCCUGCCCGCCCGCCGCCCACGGCUGGGACGCACGAGGCUCCAUCUCUCUGUACAGGCUUCCGCCCGCCUGUCCUCACCCGUCUCCCCCUCCCAUCAUAGAGGAGACGGCUCCCAACUCGGCCUACAUCGCCGAGAACGGGAUCCCUCCAGGGAGCAUUCUAGUGAACCCACUGACUGGGCAGCCUUUCCUCAACCCGGACGGGAGCCCUGCUGUGUACAACCCACCGGACAGCCAGCAGCCAAUCAGGAGCCAGAGCCAGCUGCAGGGCUCUCCCCCUCAGCAGCAGGUGCUUCAGUACUCGUCCGUGUCGUACUCAGCUCCACAGAUGUUGCCCGUCACACCCUCACAGCCGUACUCAGCAGUUGAAGAUCUUUCCUCACAGAUGGCUCAUGUGACGGUGAGCUGUCAGUCAACCGGAGACGUGCCCCCCCCCCUCUACCCCCCCGCUCAGGGGUACAUCUAUGCAGCCCCGCCCCCCCCCGGCGCCUCCACCUACUGCCAGCAGCCCUCGCCGCAGGUGCCUGUGUACUACUACGGCCAGUAUCCUACCUCAGCCCAGCAUGGAUGCCGGCCGGCCUCGCCCAGCCAGCAGCUCUACGGCCCGCCCCCCCCGCCCACAGGAGGUUACUCCCCUUCUGUGAGGGUGCAGCCGCCCCCCCACUCUCAGCCCCAGACCGUGCUGGGCUCCUACCCCCCGGUCGCCUCCCAUCAGUGUAGCAUGGUCCAGGGAGGCGUCCCGGUGUCCUACCCCCCCGCUAAGGCUGUGGCCGCUGGCGUCGGGGACCCGGCCUACUGCUGCAUGGUGCCCCCCCCCCCCCCCCCCCACCCCGGCAGCUGCCACCCUCCGGCCUGGAGCGCGCAGUACUGA